ACGUGUCAUAUGUGGAUGCUUGCUGGAUGCAGUGAAUUCUGACUAUGGUUUUUACAGGAUCUUUUCUCUGAAAAACAGAUAUGGGGAACACUCUCGGGUCCAGCAUAGAGGAGCUGCAGGCAUGUGAGAGUCAUCAGUGGUAUAAGAAGUUUAUGACUGAGUGCCCAUCUGGACUUCUCACCUACUAUGAAUUCAAGAAGUUUUUUGGUUUGAGGAACCUAUCGGAGACAUCGAAUGCCUACGUCAAGACUAUGUUUACAACAUUUGAUAUGAAUGAUGACGGCUUCAUUGAUUUCAUGGAAUAUGUUGCCGCUCUGAGCCUGGUGCUGAAGGGAGAGGUACAGCAGAAGCUCCGCUGGUAUUUCAAACUGUAUGAUAUCGAUGGGAGUGGGUGUAUCGACCGCGAUGAGCUGCUUCUGAUCAUUAAGUCCAUUCGUGCAAUCAAUGGAUCUGCUAAUGAAAUGUCAGCAGAGGAUUUUGCCACCAUGGUAUUUGACAAGAUCGACGUCAACGGCGAUGGUGAACUGUCCUAUGAGGAGUUCAUGGAGGGAGUUCAAAAUGAUGAAAUGCUGCUGAAGACACUAACAGAAAGUCUGGAUCUCUCACAUAUUGUCCAAAAAAUUCAAGGAGAGAUGAUUGCACCUACGUAAUAAUGACAUUGAUAUAAUGGUGCCACAGCUGAAUGAGUAAAACUAUGGGUUCAGGAGAACCCGAAAUGACUCAUCGAUGUCUCGUCAUGACUGUAGACUUCUAAUCACACAUCUGGAGACCGGAGAAGAUUUCCUAUCUACCUCGAUGAUCAGACAUACAAAAUGAAAAGUACACAACCUCAUAGUGUCAAAUGCUUUCAAAUUACACCUUAUGUUUCAUGCUCUGGUGGCUCAGGUUUUCACAUUUACAAGAUAUCUGUGAACAAUCUGAACAAUGUCAAAUUAUUUAUAGAAAGAGCGAAAAACUUUAUUGAGUUGUGCUGAUUUAUAGAGAAUUUCUUCUCAUCGUUGAUAAACGUCUUCUUCUAUGAUAACCAUAACAAAGCCAGUAGGUGUAUGUUAAAAAGCAAAUGAAUGUUCCUGUUUUAGUGAAUGAACCACUGUACGAUUUAUGUCUAAGUGCCAUCACUGCCUUGAACCUGACCAUUUGUUUGAUAUGAAUAACACAUUUAAAACCAUGUAUUUAGAUCUGUCAAUAUCUUCACCUUAGCAUUUUAUACAAAAAUGUUUAGAUGCUGUGUGAAAUCUAAGUAAAAACAGAAUGCAAUGAUUACAAAUCCCAUAAACCCAUAUUUUAUCCAUAAUAUGUUUACUGCUGCGUAGCUUCCCCUCUAGUUCAUAACCAUAUGACGACAGAGGAGACGAGGUGCUGGAGUUUUGGAGGAGAACGUUGUCCGAUCAUUGUCUGAUAUGGAUUCAAGCUGCUCAACAGUCCCAGGUCUUCUUUGUCCUAUUUUUUAUGACUCUUCUACUUUGAAGCUAUGCUGUUGUAAUAGAUGCAAAAUGAGGUUUUGCAUUGUGUAGCUGAAAGAUGCAAGGACUUUCCUGAAAAAGACGCCAUCUGGAUGGGAGUACAUGUUUCUCUAAAACCUGCAUUGAUGGUGCCUUUCCAGAUGUCCAGUCCUUUGGCACUAAUGCACCCCCAGACCAUCAGAGAUACAGGCUUUUUAAUAGAGCUGAUAACAACCAGGAUGGUCCUUCUCCUCUUUAGUCUGGAGGACAUGGUGUUGAUGGUUUCAAAAAAAUUAUUUCAAAUGCUAAUUUGUUGGACCACAGAACAGAUUCCACUUCAUCUCAGUCCAUUAUAAAUGAACUUUGGCCCAGCUGUGGUCAGAUCACAUUCACAUGUUCUUCUUCUUUGCAUGAUAGUUUCAAUCUGCAUUUGUGAGUGGCACAGCACAGUUUAGAGAAGUGUUCCUGAGUCUGUGUUGUGGUUUUUCCAUUACAGAAUCAUACCUGGUUUUACCACUGUGUCACCCGAGGGCCUAAAGGUAACAGGCGUUCAGUAUUUAUUUUCUGCCUUUUCCUUUGCGUACAGAGAUUUCUGCAGAUUCUCAGAAUCUUUUCAUUACAUUGCAUAUUGCUGAUGAUGAGAUAUUCAAAAUUUACACAAUUUUACGUUGUGGAACAUAACAUGUUCUAUCAUGUUCCUGACCUUUUGUCCAGUAACCCAAUCAGCUACAAGAUAUAAAUUGUUCCCAUCACAUUACCUAAUUUUUUCAGUAAUGGUGCAUUUUCUCAGUUUAAACAUUUCAUAUGAUUUCAGUUUUCUAAUAUGGGUUCAUGAGAUUUGCAAAUAAUUGCAUAGUUUUUAUUUAGAUUUUACACAAUGUCCCAACUUCUGUGGAAUUGUGGCGUAUAGCAUAAACACUCCUGAGAUUUCCUUCCAUCUGUUGGAGCACUGUAUUAAUUUAGGUAAAGCUGAUUUUGUAAAACUUCCACAGGAAAAAAACUGUUUUGUAUUUUGUAGUGAUAUAUGACUCACUGUCUGCACUAAGAUGGACAAGCUAUAAGGUGUGUUUUUAAAUAAAGAACAAAUCAACAUCA